UCCGGUGGUGGUGUAUUCUCAGCAACAGAAGCAAUGGCAGCGUUCGGUGAAAUGGGCGUCAUGCCUGAAAUCGCGCAGGCUGUGGAGGAGAUGGAAUGGCUGCUGCCUACUGACAUCCAGGCGGAGUCUAUCCCUCUUAUCCUCGGUGGAGGAGAUGUACUCAUGGCUGCAGAAACCGGCAGCGGUAAAACAGGGGCCUUCAGCAUCCCAGUGAUCCAGAUUGUGUACGAGACCCUGAAGGACGAGCAGGAGGGCAAGAGGGGCCGAGCCUCCGUCAAGUCCGGAGGAGCAAUUUUCAACAACUGGCAGAUGAAUCCUUAUGACCGCAGUACAGCCUUCGCAAUCGGUGCAGAUGGACUGUGCUGCCAGAGCAGGGAGUUUAAAGAGUGGCACGGCUGCCGCUCUACAAAAGGUGUCACCAAAGGGAAGUACUAUUAUGAGGUGGCCUGUCACGAUCAAGGUCUGUGCCGGAUCGGCUGGUCCACCAGUCAGGCAGCACUGGACCUGGGAACUGAUAAAUAUGGCUUUGGUUUUGGAGGAACUGGAAAGAAGUCCAACAACAAGCAGUUUGACAGCUACGGAGAGGAGUUUACCAUGCAUGAUACUAUUGGAUGCUACCUGGAUCUAGACAACAGUCAAAUGUCCUUCUCCAAAAAUGGUAACGACCUCGGUGUGGCUUUUGAGAUCCCUCAGAAUCUGAAGAGUCAGAGCUUCUUUGCCUCCUGUGUGCUUAAGAAUGCAGAGCUGAGGUUCAACUUUGGAGGAGAGAGCUUUAAAAACGCCCCAAAAAGUGGGUUUGUUGCCCUGGAUCAGGCACCAGAGGGUCACAGCGUCAAAUCCUCUCAGGCAGGCAGUGCUAAAGUCAGUCAGGUGAAAGCAUCCUCCAAUGCGCCCAAAGCCCUGAUCAUCGAGCCGUCCAAAGAACUAGCAGAGCAAACUCUCAACGUCGUCAAAAACUUUCAGAAAUAUGUGGAAAACCCCAAACUCAGGGAACUGCUGGUGAUAGGUGGUGUGCCUGCCAAGGAUCAGCUGGCUGCUCUGGAACAGGGGAUCGACAUCGUGGUGGGAACACCCGGCCGACUGGACGACCUCAUUUCAACUGGGAAACUCGUUCUGUCUCAAGUCCGCUUCCUUGUCCUGGACGAGUGUGACGGCCUCCUCUCAGCAGGAUAUACAGAUUUUAUCAACAGGAUCCAUAACCAAAUCCCACAGGUCACCUCUGAUGGCAAGAGAUUGCAGGUGAUAGUGUGCUCCGCCACUCUGCAUUCCUUUGACGUGAAGAAGUUGUCCGAGCGCAUCAUGCACUUCCCCACGUGGGUGGACCUGAAGGGCGAGGACUCCAUCCCAGAGACGGUCCAUCACGUGGUGGUGCCUGUCAAUCCUAAGACCGAUCGGCUGUGGGAGCGACUGGCAAAGAACCACAUCAGGACUGAUGAAGUCCAUGCCAAAGAUAACACCAGAGCAGGAGCCAAUUCUGCAGAAAUGUGGUCCGAGGCGAUCAAGCUUCUGAAGGGCGAGUACACGGUACGCGCCAUCAAAGAGCACAAGAUGGACCAGGCCAUAAUCUUCUGUCGCACCAAGAUCGACUGUGACAACAUGGAACAGUACUUCAUCCAGCAAGGAGGAGGUCCAGACAGUAAAACCCACCAGCUUUCUUGUGUUUGUCUCCAUGGCGAUCGCAAGCCCAACGAGCGGAAAACUAACUUGGAGCGUUUCAAGAAAAAAGAGGUGAGACUUCUGGUCUGCACAGAUGUAGCCGCCAGAGGAAUUGACAUCCACGGAGUUCCUUACGUGAUUAACGUCACGCUGCCAGAUGAGAAGCAGAACUAUGUCCAUCGUAUUGGAAGAGUUGGAAGAGCUGAGAGAAUGGGACUGGCCAUCUCCUUAGUUGCUAUGGAAAAAGAGAAGGUGUGGUACCACGUUUGCACGAACCGGGGCCGGGGCUGCUACAACACCCGACUGAAGGAGGAUGGCGGUUGCACCAUCUGGUACCAGGAGAAAGAGCUCCUGUCAGACAUUGAGGAGCACUUGAAGUGCACCAUCACCCAGUGUGAGCCGGACAUUAAAGUACCUUUGGAUGAGUUCGAUGGAAAGGUCUCGUAUGGUCAGCGCAGGAAAUUGACAGGUGGAAGCUACAAGGGUCAUGUGGAAGCGCUCGCUCCAACUGUCCAGGAACUGGCUAACCUGGAGAGAGAAGCCCAAUCUUCCUUCCUGCAAAUGGGAUACAUGCCAAACCAGCUUUUCAAAUCCUUCUGAAUCCUUCUGUCCACUCAGACAUAAAAACACAAACAUAACUUAUAAAUAACUUGCAUCAAAUGUAUAUUUAUAGGUUUCAUGAUGCCAACAUUACAGUGGGUGUCAAAGCCUUUCUGAACUCAGCGUCCAUAGAAGAAUCAAGACUCCUGACGCCUCUUUUAUUUCUCCUCCCAACAUAGAUUUAAUGUUUGCACUCUGUCUCAAAGGCCUUUCAUUAACUGGAAACCUAAUUUGCUAUAUUUUAUGGGGGUUUUUUCCGAUUGAUUCAACUGAGUGAAAUAUUUAAGUUCCCCCUUGGAGUGAUUGACUUCAGAUUCAUUGCAUUUAAGUGGCUCGAUUGAUUUCUGUUCUGAAAUAAACUCUGGUGGCUCCGUUAAA